AUGAAUACAAGCAACAACGACAGCGACACGACGAUACUAGGAAAACCAGUUUAUAACGACGUUAGUGAUGGAAAUCAGUCAGCAAACAGAAUGAUGUUCGAUAAGAGUAACGAAGGAUCCAUUGAUGAUCUCAACUUCAAUGAGUCACUCGAUGCGUUUCUGUACAGCGAGAAUCUCACUGACGUAACAACCCCGAUGCAACACGAGUUGACGGUUUCGGAUGGUAUGAACAACCUAAGAAAUUAUUCAAUGGACACGACUAGCGUGCCUGGAAUGAUGACAGGGGAGGAAGCGGUGAACCCCACUUCCACUACCACUGCAACAGCCCGUGCGCCGGAUAACACCGCUAGCAGCACCGUGUAUCCCACGCUCGCAAGCAUACCUUACAAUAUUGCUCUGCCUGGUCAGUCGGCUGCCCAAGGAUCUUACAACCAAAGAAACGCUGCUUCUUUCUCUCCAACACCUCUCGCUCCUCAAUCGGUUGCUUUGGCUCCUCAGCAGCAGUAUUCCUCUGCUGUAGCCUUUUCCAAUCCACCAGCUACGACUGCAGCACCUGAUCAGAACCACCAGCAAGAACAACAACAACAACACAACGGACAGCCAUCGAACAAACGAAAGGCGGCAAAGAGCAGUACCACUGCAAGACCGAAACGAAUGCGUGGGGAUGCCACUGCGGUCUCGGAAGAUGAUGAUGAGAGACACAAACGAAGACAGGGUCGAAAUGUAAGAGAGCAACAGCGAUCACAGAGAAUUACGCAGCAAAUAGAUCACCUUCGCGAGGUUCUAUCAGGCGCGAAUAUUGCCUUCAAACCAGACAAGUACUCGACUCUGGUGACGGUUGCGGAUUACAUUAAACAACUUCAAGCCAAGUCUGCUGCUCUGGAUGCGGAGCAUGGAAAGCUACUCAGUACUAUCUCAAAGACAAAUAAAAUUGUCAAUAAUCAAUACUUGCCAGCUUCCACGACGGGUGAAAACCCACCUGGAGAUAUGAUUGAUGGUGCGAGCCUUGGGGAUGCGAACGGCCAUGCCAACGAAUCACCAUCAUCCUCGGAAGGCGUGUUAGUACCCAAUAUUGAUUAUCGAAGCGUCUUUGCAUCUUGUGGAGUCCCACUCGCUGUAGCCAGCAUUGAUGGUCGCUUCCUAGAUUGCAAUGCCGAGUUUCUCAAGGUUAUAGGGUACUCGAAAGGAGAAUUGCUCCCCUGUCAUCACCUCACCUCGGUCCCAGACGAGGUGCCUUCCGAACUCUCUACCGAACAAGACACGGACGCCAACAAGAAUUUAUCACUAUUCAACUUGUUGCAUAGAGAUCACAUGGAAGCAGUAUUUCUGGCCAUGAGUGAAAUGCUCAAGAGACCAGCCAAGACUACUAUUGCAAUCACCACCAAGCCAUUGCCUGGACAAGACUGUUGGGCAGGCUACGUCUAUUUGACCCGACUCCCUGAAACAAAGAUGCGAAUGAAUGUUUCUUUGGUCCGAGGCAGUCAAGGAGGGGCCAAGUUCUUUGACUGUUCGCUCUUGCCUGUUCCCAGUAGUGGAUGA